AUACUGCGGCACCAGGUCCGGGUCCGUCUCUGCCUCCGCUCGCUCCCCCGUCCCCGCCCCUGCGUGGCUGGAGCCUGCCCACUGCGGCUCUCUGCAGUCUCUAGUCUGCUUCUUCAGGACAUGUCGCGGCAGCCAUAGGCGACCCUGCGUCUCCAGCCAGACCACCUUGGUUCAAUCCUGCUAUUCCAGCUUCAGCACCGCCUUGUAUCCCCCGCUCGCUGCUUGCUAUCACUGCAGCAGUCCGGCCGCCACCGUUUGGUCCAUCUCCGCCCAGCCACCGCGCAUCUGCUAUAAUUGGUGAGUCUUCCUGCAAAGGUCAGGUCCCCUGAUCUGCGGGCUUAGCCACCAUAAGUGCAGGUGAUCUUUUGAAAACAAUGGCCGAGUCAGCCGAUUAUAAAGAACUGUCUGAAUCCAACCAAGAAGAGCUUGGUAGCCAGGUAAUGGCGGAGGGGCCGGGGGAAUGUCAGGACCGCAGUGAAGGUGCCUCCACUGAGCCUGGAGAUGGCGGGGAAGGCGGUGAAGCAUCCGCGGCUGUUGGAGCUGGGGAAGAGGGAAAAGGUGAAGAAGCUGCUGCAGGGUCCGGGGAAGAUGCAGGGAAAUGCGGGGAUACUGAUGAGGACCCAGAUACAGAUCGUCCAAAAGGACUUAUCGGUUAUCUUUUAGAUACCGAUUUUGUUGAAAGUCUCCCAGUCAAAGUUAAGUACCGCGUGUUAGCUCUUAAAAAGCUUCAAACAAGAGCUGCGCAUUUGGAAUCCAAAUUCCUGAGGGAAUUUCAUGAUAUUGAAAGGAAGUUUGCUGAAAUGUAUCAGCCCUUACUGGAAAAAAGACGUCAGAUCAUCAAUGCCGUCUAUGAACCCACAGAAGAGGAAUGUGAAUAUAAAUCAGACUGUGAGGACUAUUUUGAGGAGGAGAUGGAAGAGGAGGAAGAGACCAAUGGCAAUGAAGAGGGCAUGGUGCAUGAAUAUGUGGAUGAAGAUGAUGGUUAUGAGGACUGUUAUUAUGAUUAUGAUGACGACGACGAGGAGGAGGAGGAGGAGGAGGAGGAGGAAGAUAACAGCACCGGGGCCACCGGAGGAGAAGAGAAUAACGAAGAGGAUCCUAAGGGAAUUCCGGACUUUUGGCUGACUGUUUUAAAAAACGUUGAAGCACUCACUCCUUUGAUUAAGAAGUAUGACGAGCCUAUUCUGAAGCUGCUGACAGAUAUUAAAGUGAAGCUUUCGGAACCUGGUGAGCCUCUCAGCUUCACACUUGAAUUUCACUUCAAACCCAAUGAAUAUUUCAAAAACGAGCUGUUGACAAAGACUUAUGUGCUGAAGUCAAAGCUUGCAUGCUAUGAUCCCCACCCCUACAGGGGAACUGCCAUUGAGUAUGCCACCGGCUGCGACAUCGAUUGGAAUGAAGGGAAGAAUGUCACUUUGAGGACCAUCAAGAAGAAACAGAGACAUCGCGUCUGGGGAACAGUCCGAACCGUGACUGAAGAUUUUCCCAAGGACUCUUUCUUCAAUUUCUUCUCUCCUCAUGGGAUCAACUUAAACGGAGGGGAUGAAAAUGAUGAUUUUUUGCUUGGUCAUAAUUUACGUACUUACAUAAUUCCAAGAUCAGUGCUAUUUUUCUCAGGUGAUGCACUUGAAUCUCAGCAGGAAGGUGUAGUUAGGGAGGUUAAUGAUGAAAUUUAUGACAAAAUUAUUUAUGAUGAUUGGAUGGCUGCAAUUGAGGAGGUUAAAGCCUGUUGCAAAAAUCUUGAGGCAUUAGUGGAAGACAUUGAUCGCUAAAGCAGAGUAAAUGCUUCUGAAAUUAACUGCCCUACAUGCAGUUACUGAAAACAUAAGCAGUUAAUUAUAGUCUUGUGUUCUGUAUUGUUCCUGUCAUGCCAGUUUAAAAAUUCAAAUACUCAUUAAUCUGACCUUGCAUUGCAGUGGUAUGAUAUUUUCAAAACAUGUAGACUGUGGUAUAUAAUUAAAGACAUUAAUAUAGUAUGUAGUAUAAUUCUCCUGAAGUCCUUGUGCCAUGUAGCUAUUAAUCUGUGGCUGUGAAUAUUAUUAGAAGUGCUAACUGAGGCUAUUUGUUUACAAAGAAAAUAUUGGUAACCCACCUAACAGUGUUUUGCUAUUUUGUCCCUUAUUUUCUUAGUGCUCUAACCAAUGGGCUUUAUUUUAUUGUGCCUGCUUCUUUUUGCAGUAAAUAUACAGUAGAAUUUAAAGCUUGACUGCCUAAGAGGCCAGCAUAUGGUUGAGAAUUUCAGGCAAAAUCACAUUUAUUAUUGAUAAUAGCUUGUGC